UGCACUGCACUGUGACAAACGCCUAGUAUAAAUAGUAACAUGCGGCAUAGCUUCUACAUCAUUUCCGAAUAUCUCGUCUAUUCAAAAUCACCUCACAAAACAAAUAUGAAUACUAUGUACGUUUUCAUGUUCUGCUGUAUCGUUGGAGUUCUCGGCUCGCCGAAGAAGUAUUUACCUGAGGAAGGUGGAUUCCAACCGAGUCAAUUAAGGUAUUACGAGUCACAAUUACCCUCCUCCGCUCCAAACGUCUCAGAGAAGCAAGCUAAAGAAGCGAAGGAAUCCAGGUUUGGAAUUAGUUCUUUCGGGAACACUGGAAGCGGUGUGCAGUUCGGAAAUAGUAAUGGAGUUGGAUAUGGAAUGACUCCGAUGAAAAUCGACAUCGGUGGUAUUGCUUUAGGUGCCUUGAUUGGUCUUGGUGCUAUCCUCAUUGUACCCAAAUUAGCACAUGUGUUUUCAUCUGGAGGAUACGGCUACAGAAGUCUCGAAAAUGACAUGUCCUCAAUCACUGACAUUUUGGCUAGGGUCGAUAACUCUUUAGAACAACACAACAUCGACAGCAGUUCUUGUAUGCAAAGGAUAAUUUGUUCUUACGUGCACGAGGCUCAGAACAACAUGCAGAAAGGAGAGGCGAAUACUGUAGAUCAAUUGGUAUAUGCGAUAUCAAAUAAUUCGCUGUUUUCAUAUCUUCUGGAUGGUUCAUCAAUCAAACAAGCCAUUGAUAUGGGAAAGCAAACUGAUCUACAAAAGUGCGCUGCUCUUUACAUGAAGUGUCCUGUUAGCAAAGAAAACGUUAUGCAAAUUAUUGGAACUCUGCUGCCAGCUUAG